AUGGCCGAUAUUUUAACGAUGACCGAGGAUGUUGAUGUUGGAUUGAGGGGGGGAGGAGUAGUAGUAGUAAAUAAAGCGCUGGAGUGUCCCGGAUAUCUGGAUCUCUGCAAUGAUAUGGAUGAUGGUUUACCCCGGUACGAUGCUUUUGCAACAGUCAGUUCCAAGGUGGUGGCAGCGCUAAAGGGAAACUUCACUACCACGACCAUUUGCGAGGAACCACUUCCUGCAUACGAUGAUGUAACUUUACCGCCAUACUCAAGCUUACCUGAGCACCUCGAACUCGAUACCCUUCUUCUCAACCUCCCUCCACCUCCUCCAUACUCACCGAUAUUUCCGGCGAUAAUUGCACCAUGUCGUCCAGAUUGGACACAGGAACCAACGAACGUUAGAUCACACGCCAAGAAAAAGAAGGGCGGAAACAAAAACAGUGGGAAUAGGAAUAACUCGGUAUCUGGAGGAGGAGGUGGUGGUGGUGGGAAUGACCCUCCUGAGACACCUAUUAGUCCAAAUACCCCCGGUGGAGGGGCCGGCGACGAUGGUGAGGAUGAACGACGAAAGAAGGAAGAGGAUGAAAGAAGAAAACAAGAGGAAGAUGAAGCCGCGCUAAGGCUAUUGGAGGAGAUGGAAGAAGAAAAUAGAAAACAGGAGGCGGCAAAACAAGCAGAGAUAAUGCGGAGGCAUGAAGAAGCUGCGGCUGCCGAAAAAGCGGCAAGAGCGGCAGAUAUGGAAAUGGUGCGGAAAGCUCGUGCGGAGAGGCUAAAACGGGAACAGGAGGCGAUAGAAGCUAAAGAGCGGGAAGAAAGGGAACUUCUGGAAAGAGAAAAGAGGGAGAGGGCGGAUAGAAUGAGGUUGAGAAGAGAGCGGGAGGCAGAGGAGGCGCGAAAAGCGGAAGAGGCAAAGAAAGAAGCUGAGAAACCGUCCGGUUUGGGUCGUUGGUCGUUCUGGGGUGGUUCUAAGAAAGCGGCGGUGGUUGAAAAGCCUCCAACCCCGCCACCGCCGGAGCCAGAACCAGAACCAGAGCCAGAGCCAGCACCCCAAGUUGAUCCGGUGCCUAUUAAGCAGAACACCAAUUCCUUCUUGACCGCAAAUAUGGCAAUGGAAGAUAAUGGGGAGGACAGUUGGGGAUUCUUUGGUUCGUCGCAUACUUCAAAGAGAAGCUUUGGGAAUUCAUCUUUCAAAUCGCAUUCCCCAAAUCCUGCGCCGGUCGAACCGCCGCCUGUCAAGCCUGAAGAUGAGUUCCCCGCGUUCAAAUUAAAGUCGACGAAAGACCGAUUGAAGACGUUCCAACAAGAGCCGCCAAAAGCCCCCACACCGCCACCACCACCUCCUGUAGAACCCGAGCCAAUUGUCGAGGAGCCAAAGGUUGAAGAGCAAAAACCAGAGAAGCCAAAGGUUGAAGAGCGACGACUAGGGAUGUCCAAGUUCGAAGAGCGACGACUCGGGACCUCUAAGCUUGAAGAGCGACGACUCGGGACAUCUAAGCUAGAAGAGCGACGACCCGGAACAUCUAAGCUUGAAGAGCGGCGACUAGAAAAAUCGAAGAUUGAAGAGCGGCGACUAGAAAAAUCGAAGGUUGAGGGGCGAUUUGGUUAUGGGAAGCCUAAAGUUGAAGAACAACCACCCGAAAAGCCCAAGGUUGACGAACGACGAUUUGGUUAUGGGAAACCCAAGAUUGAAGAACAAUCGCUCGAGAAGCCCAAGGUUGAGGAGCAACCGCCCGAGAAGCCUAAGAUUGAAGAACGACGAUUUGGUUUUGGAAAGCCGAAGGUUGAAGAACCGAAGGUCGAGGAGCCGACAGUCAAGGAUCCGGCUCCGGCUCCGGCUCCGGCUCCAGCUCCCGUCCUGGAAAAAGCCGAUGAUACCCCUUGGGGAAGCCGGGUCAAGAGGAAGUCUCAGGUCCCAGCUCCAACAGAAGAAGCAAAAGCGACACCGUGGGGAAGCCAGCUGAAGCGAACAGCGAAACCUACCGUAUCAAAUAUAGAACCAUCCAGCAGGUUACCCGUCAAAAACGAGUUUCCGUUCAAUACAAAACUUAAAUCAACGGGUAAAGCGGCUGAGUUGAUGGCGGAAGGAAGACCAAAGCUUCGGAAAGCCGUUAAGGAGCCCACUCCUGAGCCCGAACCGGCGCCCGUGGUUGAAGAGCCACCGCCACCACCACCUCCUGAGCCAGAACCGGAACCUGAGCCUGUUAUACCGGAACCUGAGCCAGAACCAGAACCGAUCGUAGUAGAAGAACUUACGAUCGAAGAUCCUACGCCGACAUCUCAAAGGAGAGGAUUUUGGGGGUCCUAUUUUGGUGGUGGGAGCAGUCCUACAUCGAAGGAGGAACCGGCAUCUCGUCGACAGUCUUUGGAGGAGUCAUCGUCCGCGAAACAGCAGCUUGAAGACCCGCUUGCUUUCGAAGAUCCUAAUCCCGAGGAACCCGCUAUCCCUGAACCUCCUCCGGCUAAGGAACCGACACCUCCGCCGGAACCUGUUCUGGAAGAGCCUCUGAAGAAAAUCAAGAAGGUCGUCAAAGAAGAGAAACAGCAACCUAAGCCGACUCGCGCCCAGCUACUGAGGGAGGCAGCAGCCAAGGAGAAAGAAGAACGGGAACGUGCCGCCGCUGAAAGGGCCGCUGAAAGAGCCGCGAAAAAGGCCGCAAGAGAACUAAAACGAGCGAAGAAACAGGAGGAAAAGGUCGAACCAGCACCACCGCCACCGCCCCCUCCCGCCGAGGAUCCGCCAGUUGAGGAAACGAAAGAGGAAGAAGCGCCAGUAGUAGAACCCGAACCCGAACCCGAACCCGAACCAGCACCGGAACCCGUACCAGAACCUGUAUCAGAACCGGCGCCUGAAGAGCUAGCUAAAGAAGCAGUAGGGCUAAAGGUUGUCGAAGAGGUUGCGCACGAACGUGAUAUCCUUGAGUUCGAAAUACCCGACAGUACGGCUUCAGGAGUAGACCCAUGGGCGCUCUUCGGAGCGAGGCGGCGUCCAGCUGCACCCAAAGAAGAAGAGCCAGCACCACCAGAGCCAGAAGAGCCAGCACCACCAGAGCCAGAGCCAGAGCCGAUAGUCGAGCCGGAACCUGAAGUAGUAGAGGUGAAGCCUAAGAUCUCUAACAAGGCUGCCAAAUUACUGGGCACGAACGAUCCCCCUCCGAAGAAAAAAACGACGGCGGCAAAGACAACUUCAGCAAGUACCGCCAGGUCUGCCUCGAAAAAACAAGAGGGCCUUUCGCUCUUUGGCUCUCAGCCUGCUCCUGCUCGUAAAAAGACCGUAGUUAAGAAGAGGGAGCCCGAGAAACCACCAGUAGAGCCGGAGCCAGUCCCAGAACCGCCUGCAGAGCCGGAGCCAGCACCUGAACCCGUACCUGAACCCCCAGCAGAAGAACCGGUCGUCGAGGAGGCCCCUCCUCCUGAAGAACUUAAGAAGAAAGCCGUGGCGACACCGAAGAAGAUUGAACGUAGGGCCACUGGCGGACUUUUUGGAGGACUGUUCGGUGGCCCUGCCCCUAAACCGGUGACAAAGAAGAAGAAGGUGGAAGAACCCCCACCACAUCCACCUGCUGAAGAAGCCCCUGCAGAGGAACCUGCGCCGGAAGAGCCGGCACCGGAGGAGGCUGCGCCAGAGCCAGAGGCCGCUCCGCCAGACGCAGGGGAUGACGAACCAAAGGAGGACCCUCCAGAAGAAGACGCCCCAGGCGAAGAUGCCCCCGCGCCAGUGCAGGAGAAACCGAAAAAGAAGAUAACGGCUGGUGAGUUGGCGAAGCGACAACGGGAAGCUCGCAAGAAAAAACAAGAAGAAGAAAUCCAAAGAGCCAUCGAUGCAGAGCUAGAACGUCGAAAGGCGAAAGCGCAAGCCAAGGAGGAGGAAAAGGCCGCAAAAGAAGCUGCCAAAGCCGCCAAAGCCGCUGAGAAACAAGCUGCUAAAGCUGUAGAGAAACAAGCCGCCGUCAAAGCUAUAGCAGAAAAACCUGCAGCAAAGACAGCGAAGUCCAAAGCGUCAGUCGCCAGCAGCAGCAAAAAAUCAAAGUCAAAGUCAAAGCCAGCAGAGCCAGCAGAGCCAGAGCCAGAGCCAGCAGAACCUGAGGAGACUCCUGUCGCAGAGCCAGAAUCUCCUGCUCCUGCUGACGAUGAUGUACCUGACGUGCCAGAUGAAGCUGCAGGCGGUGACGUGGCAGCCAGCGUGCAUAGCAAAGGUAGCAAAGGCAGCAAGAGGAGCAAGUCGUCAAAGAACCCAUACGCCCUUCCUGAGCUUAUUAUCGAAGACGAUGACAACGAUGAUGACAACGAUGAUGAAGACCGAGAAUUCCCUCUUCCCAAGACACCCGGCGGGGGUAUAAAUGUCUCGCAGUUCCUCAUCCCGGAGACCCCAGUCCCACCUGCCAGAUUCGAUACCGGAGAUAAGAAACAUCGCAAAAAACGCGACGAGACCGAAGAGGAAAGGAAGAAGCGACACAAGGAACAUAAAGAGAAGAAGAAGGAAAAAGAAGAAAAACGGCGUAGUAAACGACACGACGGUGACGACGAAGCUGCUGCUAAAGAGAAACGUCGAGAGGAAAGGAAGCGAAGAAAGGCCGCAGAGAUGCCAGAAGGAGAAGAAACAGCUCCAGAACCCGUCAUCGAGGAGGAACCAGCUGCUGAGGAAGCUGCAGCAGCGGAAGAAGAUGCUCCUAUCGUAGCCGCUGAAAAGCCCGAAAAGCCUGAUCUAGCCUUUGACGUUGGAGAUGAGGACGAAGAUGAGGAUGAAGCCGAAGCCGAGGAGAAGGAAGAAUUCGAAGAUGCUGACGAGAAGAAUGGCGAUGAAGAAGAGGGCGAGGGAGAGAAGGAGGAUGUGGAGAUGAAGGAGGCAGCGGUUGUUGAAGAGGAGAAGAGCAGUGGUGAUGACAAUGAGGAAGCUGCCGAGGAAGAAGAAGAGGCCGUUGUUGAAGAGGCUGCCCCUCCAACCAAGCGAUCCAAGUCCCACCAUCACCACCAUUCACAUCACAAGCCAUCCAAAACAGAGCGCCUUCUUGGAGAGACCACAACCGCAUCAAAGCUUUCUCGCAGCAAGUCAUCCAGAGAUAUGCCAAAAUCAGACAAGCCAGAUAUGAAGCGAUCGAAAACCUCCAAGUCUCGUAAGGAGGACGAGCUUGACCGUGAGGCUCGACAUGCAGCUCGUCGACGUGAAAAGAGGGAACAAGAAGCUGCUCUUGCCGUUUCCCGCGAUGAAGAGGAACGUCGUGCACGAAAAGCUGCCAAGGAGGCAGAGCGUCGAAAGGAGGAGUUGAAGCGUCAAGAGCUCGAAGAGGCCGAACGCCUCAGACAGGCGGCGUUGGAUGCAGAGGCUGAAGAAGCUCGCAUCAGAGAGGCUGAGUUCCAGGCUGCUGCAAAAGAGUAUCAGGCGAGAGCUACCUCAGCUGGUAGUCAUGCAGCCAAAUCUCGUAAAUCGGAGUUCCGAGAGCGUGGUGUAGGAGCCCCAUCUGAAGAGAAGGACCGAGAAAAGGAAGCUCGUCGUGCUGCUCGUCGUGAAGAACGGUACAAAGAUCUUUCACCCGAAGAAGCCGACGCCAAGAGAGCUCGACGGGACGCUCGUGCCGCUAGAAGGGCUUCACGUCGCAUGUCUUCGCACGAAAACUCAAAUGACGAGCCUCUCAAUAAUACAACUAACGCCGGCCAUCUCUCUUCUCGCAGCAACAGUGACAAGAUGGCCGACCGUCCCCUCCUGACCAAGGAGGAAGAGGAGCAAAUCCGCAGAGAUGCCCGCCGACAAGCCAGAAAGGAAGCUCGCGAACUUAAGGCUGCCAAGGAAGGUGUUUCUAGACACCACUCCUACCAUGCCGACCGCUCUAGCCGUCGAUACGGUGAAUCUCCUGUUUCAGAUGAAGAAGAAUACGAAGCCGAGAGACGACCGGGCUUAAAGAGGUCGCAUACCAACCGUCAUAGCAGAUACGAAGAUAUGGAUGGGUAUGCGAGGUACGAUGAUGACGAAGCUGAUGUAAAGCCAAAAGCUGGCAGGCUCAGUUGGUUCAAGGGGAAAGUUGGGAAGCUUUUCUGA